CGCCAUCUUCACUAACCAAUCAGAUUACAGACAAGUAGACUAGCUUUUGAAAUUUCCACACAAAUAGGGAAAUAAAUAAAAGUAUUACCGAUAAUUAAUAUUAAUCACAAACUGGACUAAAGUUGUAUUCACAAGGAUCACAAAUUACACACAUAUCAGUGCAUAUGGAUGAAGCAGACUAAAUGAACAGUACCGGACAUCAUUUACAAAUUAUCAAGAUAACACCGAGUAAAACAUGUAAAUGGUCUCUGAAAACACUUCACGAUCUACCAUCCUCUUAUAUCUCAAAUAACAAUAAUGAACAUAGAAUAACUGAUAAUGCCUUAACAAAUUCAUCGAAUGAAACGCUUAAUUAUGUAUGGUUCACAUGGACUACAAUUGUACCAAUUGUGAUUGUGAUAUGCACUAUCCUCGGCAAUUCACUUAUCUGCUUUGUAGCAUUAAUUGAUCGACAUUUGAGGCAUAGAUCGAAUGUCUUCUUUAUUUCCUUAUCACUAACAAAUAUUUUCUUUUCUUGCAGUGUUAUGACUUUUAGUAUUAUGUAUAAUCUUAUACAACCGGAGAAAUUUUCUGAUAAUCUAGUGAAAAUCUUUUUAUCCUUAGAUAAAUUAUUUUGUACUGCUACUAUAUUACACUUAGUUGUUAUGGCAUUCGAUCGUUUUUUACAUAUAAAAGCACCGUUAAAGUAUUCCCGGAGGCUGAAAUUACGAUUUCUGUUUACAAUAUUAUCUGGUCUAUGGUUUCUGUCUAUCCUCAUAGCUAUUUUACCAAUCCAACUGAAUUGGCAUACACCAAGUUAUACAGAGUGUACAAGAACAUCAACUACUAAUACCAGGAAUUUUAAACGUGGUGAUAAAUUCGCAGAGACUAUGAAAGAAAACUGUACAAAACAUCCUCUUCACUCAUCAUCACUAUCAUCAUCAUCAACAGUGGAAACGAUAGCGCCGUCAAGUGAUGACUCCGUAUCACAUCAGUUCUUGACACCAGAAGCGGAUGUUUCAUGUAUUCAUCAAAUCGAUUGUUUCUAUGCUCUGACAAAUGCUACAUUCAGUUUCGUUAUCCCCCUAACACUGAUGGUGAUCAUUUAUACACGUUUAUUUCUACUGACAAAACAACAUAUAAGUAGGUUGAAUUUUCACCCGAAUUCUUCGAACUGUUCACGUGACUUGUCCUCUUGUGAAAAUACCAAUGGUAAGCAACCUCAGCAACAGCAGCACCAGCAGCAGCAGACACUUUAUACAUCACAUACAUCACCAAAUAUGAUGUUUCAAAGGAAAUCCCUAUCAAGUACACGUAAUAUGUAUUUGGAUCCAAAUUAUGAUUCAACUAGUAAUCUUAGAAAUUCUCUGACUGUUUCCUCUGAUGUAUAUAAACUUCGGCCGCGUUUAUCCAGAUCACAUUUAGGCUCAUCAUUGCGUUCAGUACAAAUGACGCCUAGAAAUGGAUGUUUCUCUGUGGCAAAUAAACCCUCAGCUGUACACUAUAAAACAUCGACUAGUUCUUUUUCAUCUCUUGAACAAUCAUCACGUAGAAAGUAUAGUUUACCGGGUUUAUGUAUCCCUUUCAAUAAAUCGUCUAGUGCUUAUGGAAAUGCUAUUACAACAUUAUCUCGUCCACAAAUCCAACUGAAUACGUCGGAUAAACAGAUACAUAAAGCGCAUAAAGCGGCUAUAACACUCGGUGUGAUAUUGGGUUCAUUCACUGUAUGCUGGUUACCUUAUUUCUCGAUAAAUUGUAUGGCAUCAUUUUGCAACUGUAUACCAAAAGAAACAAUCUUUGCUGCAACAUGGCUCGGUUACUUUAACGCCUGUUUAAACUCUGUUGUCUACUCACUGUUAAACAACAAAUUUCGUAUCGCUUGUGCUAAACUUCUGUGUGCAUGGCACUACAAUCGUGAACGACGUCAUCAAUAUGGAUUGGAUAAUUUAAGACAUUUCGGAGAUGCACCUAUUCAUCUAGCACUUGGUCGUGUUCCAUGGCAUAAAGAUUAUGAAAGUGUAAAUAAAAGCGCAAAGUGAAAUGGUGCUGUUUUGUUUAUGCCUUUAACAAUAUAAAUAAUAUAUAUAUACACGCACAAACACUUGUCUAUUCAAACAUCUACAUGUAGUAUAUAUGUCUUAUUCUUUUGUUAAACCAUUGUCUAUGUGUAUUUGUGUGCAUGUGUGUGUGUGAGUGUCAGACUUGCUGAACUUUAACAAUACAUUCACAGCUUUUAUUGUUUCUUAUCAAAAUACUCUCGUCUCAAAAUGUAUAUUCACUGAUAUUCUAUUCACUAAAAAGAGAAAAACCCCGCCACUCUUUUUCAGAUGCAUGUAUCAUUUCUUACCGUUUUUCCUCUCUACCUCUACUGUGAUUAUAAUUGUACAUAUCAAAGCGUAAAAUAAAAAUAUUCUUCAAAAGACAUAAAUUAUUUUUAAUCCUAAAUGGUUGGAGGAUUUCAUCAUGAGCUGAUAUCAGUUAGAGAACCAUUGGAAAGUCAGUUGGGAG